AAUGUAUAUGGCUGGCUGCCUGAAAAUAAAUAUCUGGAUAUAUCUGCCAAAUGCCAAGUUUGGUUAGGAUUCUGUUUUUAUAGUUUUGGCAUUUAAUUUAAAAUAUUUUACAUUUUAUUGUUUGCAAAGGUCGAUAGUUAAUUUUUUCCAAAUGGAGCAAUAUAUUUUACAAAUCACGUAUUUCAUCAUGCAUAUUCUCUUUCAAGUUUGACUCUUGAACGAAAGUUAGUUUGUGGUAGCAUGAUAAACCCUGAAAGGAGUUAACUUACUUGUAUGUUUCAUUACUGCAAAAACUUGUGGUUUCACUUUUUGUAAUAAUUAGCUUAUAUAAUGUCACACUCCCAUGGUCAUAGUUGUGAUGGGGAUCACGAUCACGAUGAUACUCCGGAAAUGGGUAUACAGUACAGCCUCUAUUCAAAAAUAGAUUUGGAUAAUGUUGAGUGUCUCAAUGAGUGUGAUGAAGGUUCAGGAAAGCUAAUUUUUAAACCAUGGGAAGAAAGAUUAAAUCAAGAAAAGUUUGUAGAGAGCGAUGUCGAUGAGGAACUUCUGUUCAAUAUACCGUUCACAGGCAACAUUAAACUGAAGGGAAUCAUAGUGGUUGGUGGGGACAGUGGAUCACAUCCUUCUAAAAUGAGAUUAUAUAAAAACCGGCCACACAUGACGUUCGAUAACACUGGAUUAAAACCGGAACAAGAAUUCGAACUUCAAGUUGAUGAAAAUGGCGUUUUGGAAUACGCUCCAGCAGUUGUGAAGUUCUCGUCGGUCUACCACCUGACCCUGCACUUUCCGUCGAACUUUGGCUCGGAGACGACAAAGCUGUUCUACAUCGGGCUGCGCGGUGAGUUCAGCCAGGCGCACCGCCAUGGAGUCACCAUCUGCUCCUACGAGUCACGGCCCAACAUUGCCGACCACAAGGUCGACAGCUUCAACAAGGUCACCGAGCACAUUCAGUGAAACUGCAGUUUCAUUUCUAAACCUUAUCGCUCAAGAAGUUGGGUUUAAUCUCGUUUAGUUUGAGUCCCAAAAUACACCGGGUACAGCAGUUGGCUCUAAUCUAAUUCAAUGCCAUUCCCGAAAUUAUCCAGGUAUUAUUUCAUUUCAAUUAACAUUUUCGCAUUGCUAAUUAAAUUCAUAUGAACUUCAGUAUAUCCAGUAAAAAUUCCUCCAGGCUGACUCCAAUCUUCUCCAGUUGAAUUUUUGAAACCUGAAAACUUAUAGACUAUAUUAUAAACAUGGUUAACCAUGUAGUUCGCCAGUUGAUAAAGGUAUUGAUAUUGAUUUACUCGAGCUCAGUUUUAAAGACUUACAUGUUUUUCUUGAACCAUUCUGUUACAAUAAUUAAUUUCAUUUCCUAAUUCAAUAAUAAGGGGCUCAUAAUAAGGUAAUUGGAACUGCAAUACUGCCUAUAAUAAUUUAAGAAUGAGUUUGAAAUAAUCUGAAGUUUUUAUGUGGAUUUAUUAUUGACUUAAAAACAAUACAAUUUUUAUGAUUUUUUUAAGUAUCUACUGCAUUAAUUAAGGACCUCGAACACUAUUAACUCAUAAUAUAUUAUUCCUAGUUUGAUUUAGAUAAAUUAAUGUAUUAAUUAUCUUGAUUCAUGAACCCAGCAGUUGAAAUUAAUCAAUCAGAUUAUUUGUAUAAUUUCUCUCCUCCGUUUAAAGGGUUAUGAAGGAACUAAUUUCCCGACUGUAUAUUUAUAAUAAAUGUAAAUACGAAGUUUGUUACUGAUACUGUAGAUCAAAUCGUUGACUAAUGCGUGUAAUAAUCAGUUUCGUUGCGGUACUAAAUAUAAGAAUUUGUAAUACUUUUCAUAAAUGUAUCAACUUGAUAUAUUUUUAUGAAUUAAAAUUUUUCAAAUUGCAUA